CCCGAAGCUAUAAGCGGUGGAUCUAAACAAGAUGGCGGCCAUGAAUAGACCGAGAUGCGACGGGUUCUCAGAAUGAAUGGCUUAUAAACUAAGGCUCAAUGUGGUUUGCCCCUCAAGAGAUAAGAAGUUCCUUGUAAUUGCUGAUGAAGACUGGACUCUAGAAGAUGUGAAAUCCUGCACAGAAGUUAUCUUCAGCAAGCUGUACCCAGAAGAGCCAUCACUGACAGUCUCCAAGCUGCAAAAUGAGUUCCACUUUGACCUACCCCUGGACUACUGUGCAGGAGAUGCGUUGGUCGACUCUGGGCUAGUGUUUGCCAUAGAGGAUGAAGUGCCUGUUACACCAAGGAAUAUUGCUGUAUCCACUGCAACUCAGAAGCCUGAAAAUCUCCUAAAUAAGCCAAAAAGGCUUAAAAAGAAACACAAACCUCGCAGGAAGAAAUUUUUGGCAAAAAAAAAGGGGAAAUCAAGAUGCAUGUCCAGUGAUAAAGUCACCUCCACAACAGGUCCCACUGCCUCACAAGCGCAACCUGAUGUCCAUCAAGAUUGUAAUUUAUUACCUCAAGUUGUUCAGAGAAUUUCCAGUGAAGACAUUGAAGUUGACAUAGAGACCAUAGAGGAGGAACCUGCCCAUGAUGUAGACGUUAUCAAUUGAUGUAUGCAGUCAUCAAAUAUCAAAAGUAUAGAUCAGUGGAAGUGGCCUACAAGGUCUGUCAUGAAACUGAGCUGACCACUGACAUGAUGACAAAGCUAGCUUGGUUUACUAUAAGAUAGGUGCAUCACAUCAGGUUAAAAUGAUUUCACAUCCCUUACCCGUUUUUGAUAGAUUAACAGAAAGUGAUUCUUCUCUUAUAAUAUUACUUAUUACAUAGCUUCAAACUAAAACAAUUGUAAAUUUGGUGUUGUUUUUAUUGGUAUGACAAUUUUUAAAAAAAGUACUCGGGAGUUUGGUCUUGUUUUUUCCCCUAUUUUUUUUUUUCAAUUAUUUGAAAAAUGAUUUAGAUUUCUUCCAACAACUCCCAACAAUUCAUUUUAGCUCAACAGAGGAUUUCACUAAAAUUAACAAAAAAAAAUGUGUUUUUUUUUUUUGCGUGCCGUUUAACGAACCAGCGAACCGUCAGCACGAGCAGGGGGGGGGGCUACUUUUCUGAUCGGAUGUUUCUUUUAAUAUGAACGUUUUUUUAACCAACGGGUACAUAUGCAACCAACAACAAAUUUGUUGAACAGUUUAAAAUACCGUCCAUAAAAACCUAGGUUAUCCCCUGCAUUCUUAUAAAUAGCGCAUAAGAAUUUGAAAACACACCCACCCCUCCCCCCUGAACAACAUACCACCCCUCCCCUAAAACCACUACCCACCCCUUCACCCCAACUUUCGUCCCCCACUUAUGGGACCACUCCAUCGUCCCUGUACUAUUUCUUUUGCGCAAAAAAAAAAAAAAAAAUGUAACCAAAUCACACAAGCAAAGGUCGAAGACUAAACUAUGAAGAAAUCGACCCUUUUAAAAAUGUGUCAUACGAACACGGUUUCGUUGCAUGCGUGCCGCGUGAGCUCCGCGUGUUUGUGGCUUGCGUGCAAUUCACUGUAUGUCAGGAAUGCGGACUUCAAACGUUACUUUUUUAGGUAAACAUGGUAUCCCACAGCGCAAUGCGUGCUCGAUGUGUAUUGUCAUGAUAGCUCAUUUACAUACGCUACCCGCCCAAGUGCCGUACUCCUAACCGCUGUAUCUCGAUGGUAAACAAACACUUCAGAAAUCGACAAACGCUCCAGUUAUCGGUGAUCAAACGUUCGAAUUGGUUUACUGGAUUGACGCAAGCUCGCAGGAUAACCUAUAUGAGCCGCUUAUAUUCGUGAGUCGCGCAUUCUAUCGCAUUUACUCAAGGACUAGCGCCUCGGGUUUAGGGUGUUGACAAUCGGCACAUGGUCUUUUCAUGCUAAACUUCCAAUAACAAACAAUCAGAAUAGCGGAGUUCCAUUCGCGUUUAUUACUUAACGGUGUAGGUCCGAUUUCAAGAUGGAAUUACCGUGGGUGGAAGCUGUUUUUGUGCUUUUUCUUUUAACCAGGAGGGCAGCCGUCGUUUCUUUGGACCCAGGACUUCUGGAAGACCAAACAUUGACAGACACUCACUACUGUCCUUACUUCAAAAACCGUGGCCCAUCGCGACAAGAUAAUUUGCGGAAUUGUACGUGGUAUACAGAGAAUUCUUGUUGUCAUGACUCUGAAAUCGAGUUUGCGUUCGCACAGCUUACACCGAUUCCGAAAGCUGGCGAAUCAUGUGUAAAACAGCUCAAUUAUCUCUACUGCUAUAUCUGCGCGCCGAACCAAAACACGUUCUUUCGUCGCUCCACUCUUACUGUCUGCGAGGAAUUCUGCAAUCGUAUUUAUAGUGCUUGCAAAAAGGCGUACUUGAAGGGUAUGAUGAUAGGCGAUAUGUACUCAAAUGGGAGGGAGUUCUGCGAAGGUAGAAGAUUUGAGGUUUCCGAUAAGAAUUCAAAACAGGGUUGUUUUGAUUUCGACCCCGACGCAAGGAAGUCAACGAGUGGAAGUUCUAGAACAGCUGAUCGUCGGCCUCUUCUCUUUGUACUAUUACUUAUGAUAUGCCGGAUUGCGAGCUAAAAGUGGUUGAGAUCUCGAAGUUGAGCCGAGAUUCUUUGUCAGUGCCGUUGU